AUGGAUCUGGCGUAUCCGCCGGGGGUUCUAAACCCUCCGGAGGUUAGAUCGGAGAUUGGAUCGGUGGUUUUGGGUGAUAAGAGAAGUGAUUUGAUGGAAGGAAAACAAGUUGGAAAGGUGAUCGAGAAGGAAUCAAAAUCCUGGGUAUCGACGGCGGAAGAUAAGAAAAGUUUGAAGAAAUAUGAAGUUGAGGUUUUGACUAAAGAUGGCAAGCACUCGGUUGCGAUUCCGGAAGCGAUUCUAUCGGAUUCAACACCGUUGUGGGAUGAUUUUGUGGUUGGAAAAUUUCUAGAUCUCGCUCCUCACAUGGCGAAGGUCCACAUGGUGGUUAACAAGAUUUGGAGCUAUGGUGAGAAGGAUUCAAAAGUGGAUGUCUAUGAUGUCAAUGCUACAACAAUGAGAUUUCGAAUCUCAAAUCCAAAAAUUCGUGAGAAGGUGCUAAAAAGGGGGAUGUGGAAUAUAGUUGGUGUUCCUAUGGUGGUGACUAAGUGGUCUCCUAAGUCAGAAGAAGAGAAGCAGGAAGAGAAUGAGAUACCGAUGUGGGUGAACCUUAGAAAAGUGCCUCUGCAUAUGUAUUCAUGGCAAGGGAUCAGCUUCAUGACCAGUACUGUGGGAUUCCCAGAUAAGUUGCACCCUGAGACGCUUGCGUGCACAAACUUGGAGGUUGCAAAGGUGUUUGUUAACGUUGACAUCUCUAAGGCUCUUCCAAAAGAGAUUGAAUUCACUAAGGAUAGGAAGGAGUUUACUGUGGAAUUUUACUAUCCCUGGCUGCCAGCAAAGUGUAAUGGAUGUGGAAAGUGGGGUCACAUUGAGAGGGUUUGUGUAAGAAACGGUAAAGAAAAGAAGAAGAAAGAAGAUAAUGUGGUAAUGAAGAGUGGUAGUGACGAGAAAGUGAUUGAAGAAGAAAAUAAGUUAGAGAAAAGUGUGGAAGGUGUUGAUGAGGCUUUGCAGGAAGGAGACAGUAGUAAAAAAGGAGAAGAGGUAACAGUAGGUCAAGAAGAUGGUAAAAUAUCAGAUUGGUCUACAGUUCCAUUAGCAAAAGUGGGCAGAUCUUCACCAAGUCAUGUGUCUGUUGUUGAGAUAUCUGCUUCAAAGUACUCGGUUUUAACUGUAGAAGAUUUAAAGGAGGGUGAAAACGAAACAGAGGAAGGGGAGAUUCUUACUGAGGAUCAGGAGUAUAAUGAGGAGGAGUUAUUGGAGGAAAGUGAGCAGUUAAGAAGGAUAGAAGAUGAUAAGAUGGAGGAUGACAUAUUAGAGAACCAGAGUAGAGGGAAUGAUAAGGCAGAGAUGAAAAAGGGGUAUCAGAAGAAGAGGGGUCAGAAGCUUAAAGCUCAGGAUGCAAAUCCUGCUAAGAGCACAAGGCCUUCUCGGAAAAAAACUAAUAUGUCAUGCUUCUUCUGGAAUGUGAGAGGAUUUAACAAAUCUUUAAAGCAUUCAGUAGUCAAGGAGUGGAUUGGUAGGAAAGAAAUGAAGUUUGGUUGUAUUUUGGAAACAAGGGUGAAAGAAAUAAAAGCGGAGAAGAUAAUAAAGGGUGGUUUUAAGGAGUGA